CCGUAACUAUGUCUAUAAUUAUCAUCUCAUUGUUUCAAAGUGAUACUUUUCUUCUGCAAACAAUAAAAUUGUUGAAGUCAGUUGUUGACUCAAGGUUUAUUAGAACAAAAGUCAGGUUUUUAGCUCAUUAAAGUCAACCGGAUAAAGACGACCGGUCUAAUUCGGUUUGGGAUUUAGAAAGACUCUAUAUCGCUCAGAGGGUCUAACGCAGACGCUUUUCAACUUUCGAGAUAUUUUUCUUAGGUAUAUAUUUCCAAAUGUUACGGCGUCGUUUUCAAAAACAUAUUUUUGUUGUUGCGUAGUAGUCCUUCGGAAAUUCUUUGCUUCCUAGUUGAAGCACUCACAACACACAGCUUUUGUAGGAAUCCCUAAGCUUAAAGUCUCUAUUAUUCUCUAAUCUCUUCUUCGCCGACGACUUCUCUCACCAAGGCGACGUUUUGAUCAGGCGAUGAUGAGUAUCCCAAUGGAGUUAAUGUCUAUCAGAAACCCUAAUUCCACCUUGCUCUAUAGAGCUCACUCUCGUCCGCCUGUGAAGCUCUGUGCUCCACCUCGUUCUCUCCUCCCUAGCCGACGCCAUUUCAGUGCUCCUCGAGCUGUUGUUUCGUAUCCAGGAAUACGUUUCGGCUUUACCUCGCCGGAAGUCUUGCUUAAUCGAUCCGUCGUUGCUUUCGCUGCAUCCCACGAGGAUUCGGGAGAAUCAGGUGUUGAGGUGGGGAAGGAGAAGAGUGAUAUAGAUGUUGAAGAUGAUACAUCUAAGGAAGCAUGGAAACAAACUCUUGAGUCUUUUAAAGAGCAGGUAUCAAAGAUGCAGAGUGUGUCAUCGGAGGCAUACUCCGUUAACUCCCAAAAGGCGAUGACGGUCUUGAAAGAAACUUCUGAACAACUUAGGAUUCAAGCGGAAAAGGCGAAAGAAGAGUUGGGUACUAAAGCGAAAGUGGUUAGUGAAGAGGGUAGAGAAUAUAUUUUGAAAGCAGCAGAAGAAUCUCCAUCAGAUGUGAAAGAGAUUGUUGAAGCAUUUGCCUCCACUGAGGAUCUGAAAAAUGUGUCCCGAGCGAAUGAUUUUCAUGUUGGAAUACCUUAUGGUCUACUCUUGCUUGUGGGUGGUUUUAUUAACUUCAUGGUAUCGGGAAGCAUUCCGGCCAUCAGGUUUGGAGUCAUUCUUGGUGGAGCCCUUUUUGCACUGAGCCUGGCAAGUCUAAAGUCUCAUAGGAAAGGAGAGUCAUCUACAAAGUUCUUAAAAGGACAGAUGGCUAUAGUGGCAAUCAUAUUUUUGAGAGAGUUGCGGUUGCUACUGUCUCAGAAAUCGACGUUCCUAGGUUUUUUUACCACCCUUACAAGUGGUGGUGUGCUAGGGUUUUACUUGUACAAGAUGGUGGUCAAGAGAGAAAAGGGACCAACCUUAGAAGAUGGCGGAGAAGAUGAAUCAAGCGAUGGGUUUGUAAGAAGUGAAGGAUAAAGAAAAAUGGGGUAAGAGGAAGAAGUGUUGUCGUCAACAUCAGCAUCAUAUAUGCCAAACUCUUUUGAUAUCUCUUUUUAAGUUGUGUACAAUUUUUGCGAUCAAUCCUUCUAAUUUCCGUUGUAUUUGGAUUAGUGAGUCGUUUAUUAAUAUCAACAAACCAAUAAAAACGAGAAUUUUAUUUUGUUUGUGAAAAGCCC